AUGCUCGACGAUUCCGCCGAUCUAAACAGAGUCAAGGAGAAAAUCCUCGCCGACCGAGCCCGAUACUCUUUCCCGAAGACUGAGAAGAAAAACGCUAGCGACAAGGAUUCUGAUGCAGGCGACAACACUGAAGAUGACCACAUCCACAUGAGUCUGUACAAUUCUUCUCACCCGGAACUCAUCUUGACCUACCAGAAAUGUCGUCUUCCACCUGAGGGCGAAGUCCGCUUUGGCAAGGCUCUUCGUGACUAUCGCAACGGUGUCCCAUACCCUUUCAACAGCAAGGGCCUUCAACUUACUGCCGAAACCGGAAACCCUUUCUAUAAAGAAUCCGAAAUCUUCUGGAUGAGACUUGAGGAGGUUCCUGCAGGCGAAGAGAUCACUCAGGAGAACACCACCAUUGAACGUGUCUAUGGUGACUUCAACCAACCUGUUGAUGUUUGCGGCAACUGUGGCACUAAACUGUACUGUGGCAAGACCUGUCAAAAGGUCCACACUCCCAAACACUCAUGCCUCUGCCCAGGCUUCAGAAAGGCCCAUGAAGAGCAGCCCGCUGAUGCAUGUGGUAACUGUGGUGCAAAGCAGACAAAGGAUGGAAGCGCCUUGAAGCGUUGUGCACGCUGCAAGAACAGAAACUACUGUUCUGUCGAGUGUCAGAAGGAGCACUACCAUGCUCAUGUCUCAAAAUGCAAGACAGAAGCUGAAGAGACUAAGGAGAAGGAGAACGGUCGUCGUGUUAUGGGCCUGAAUGUUCUUCAGACUUGGUGA